CGUUGUCCCCCUCCCACGGGCCUCUUGUCUUCUCCCGUCGCUGCUUCUUCUCCCCCUCCGUCAUCAUAUACAGACACACUCUCUCUUCAGUCAUGGCCCAACAAGGGUCUGGGAAACCUUUUCGUCCCAUUGCCCCUAGGAGGAUACCAGAGCCUCCAACCCCGGCCGCUGCGCCCGAGGAGGGGAAAAUAAAGCGAGCUUCCACGGCUUGCGGGGAAUGUAAACGACGUCGAACGAAGUGUAGUGCAGAUACAACAGGGACGCCGUGCGCUGAAUGUGCUCUCCACGACCGGGAGUGCGUGAUCGAUGAAUUCGCCGAUAAACGACGCAAGGUAGCGGCCAAGCGUGCCCAGGAGGAUCUAAAAUAUUACCGGGGCUUUGUGGAACAACUUCUUGAGGCGCUGCGAUCUGGUGACUGUGCCACCAUCGAUGGUAUUCUCGACGUCAUCCGGUCGGGCGCAACUCAUGAUGAAAUCCGGGCGGUUCUUGCUCGCUCCGCGCCGAAGGUUGAGAUUAAUAUCCCCGACGGAGUAGAUUCCGUGGUGACAGACGGCAACAACAGCCCGCCGGCGAGCUCCAAGCCGGAUGGCCUACCCGAAUGACGAGAAAUAAAACGAACCUACCACCAGCGACGAUUUAUACUUGAUGACCGCUUACCUUUCCUAUCUACGACUCUGACACGAGCACGCGACGACAGCACCGGUUUACUCUUUUUUUUUGGCUUUCUAUUCUUCGACAAGACAAUGAGAGGCUACGUUAAUGGGCCUCGAGGAAG